AUGUUAAUACAUUUCUUACUAUAUUUAUUAUGUUAUUUUGUUAUUAUUAAAAGUAAAAGAUGUUAUUCUAUUUGUAAUGGAACUUCACCAAUUUAUUGUAAAUCAAGAAUAAAUGAUGAUAAUUCAGCCUACGUUAGUGGGUAUUAUAGUUUAUCCCCGCUAGGUAUUAUUAAAAUGAGUUGUAGUUUUUCAUCAAAAUCACAUGCACCUGAAAUUAUGUGGCAAUAUCGAAAAUCGAGAAAUGAAAAGUGGUCUACUUUUGUCUGUGAUGAGGAAAUUUUUAAACAUACGUGCAAAAAUGAAGUAAUUGAUGAUAACAAAAGUUACGGAGAAUGUCAUAUACAACAAAGAACAAUUAAAAAUAGUGGUUAUUAUAAAUGUAUAGAGGAGGAUAAUAAUAAUAAUAAUAAUAUUUCUAGUGAAGAAUUUUUUAUUCAAAUUAUUGGAGUGGAAUCAAUUUCUGUUAUAUCAAGGACAUUAAUAUUAAAUAAAAUAGGUAAAAUUAUAAUGAAAAUUUGUUCUAAUCCAAAACCACAUAUUAUAUGGUAUGGUGAAGAUCAAAUUGUUCAAGUUGGACAAUCAAGUGAUAGAUACUCAGCAAUGCCUUUAUCAAAUAUUAUAGAAAAUAUAAACAUAGUAUCAAAUACCUCAACAAAAUAUGAAGAAAAUUGUUGGAUUGCAACAUUAGUCAUUCGAAAUGUAACAAUUGCCGACAGGAACAUAAGGGCUUUUAUAAUGUCGGAAAAUUUUAUUACUGAAAAACAUAUAACAACAACAGAUUUUCCAACAAAUUUUAAUCAAAUAUAA